AUGCAGAUCCUAAUCCUCUCAUUCGCACUGACUUGGGUUCAAACGGUGUUCGCCACGGCGUCGAAUCGUCCAUUGGACGACUGCAUCUCCCAAUGCAGAACGAGAUUUCCGUCUGGGUUAAACAUGGACAACAACAGAGGGAGCGGAGCGACGCACACUAUCAUGGUGGCUCCGGAAGGAGUCGGCCUUCGCUUUGUUCCGUUCUCUCUAAAUGUUCCCGUGGGAGACACUGUCCGGUACAUUUGGACUACGCCUGCCAAUCAUACCGUCACACUUUCGUCCGCAUUGGCUCCUUGCAACAAAAGUGGCAUUGCAGAUCAGCGCAACUUUAGUUCUGGUGUACGAAAUGCAAAGGACGGUCAGCAAACCUUUGAUGUCGUCGUACAAACAGACAAGCCCCAAUUCUUCUACUGCUCUGUUCAACAGCACUGCAACAAAGGGAUGUUUGGUAUUCUCAAUCCCCCGACCUUCGGCAGCGUCUCUGUCGCCUCGAUUUACGACACUGUACCAACUCUCGGUGCAGGCAACGAGUUUCUCAGCAAUGAAAUAAGCUCGAGCAAGGUAUCACAGUGGGGUGCAGACAUAUCCCUGGAUGGAAUCUCGCCAGAGUAUCAUCAAGCUGUGGCGGAGAACGUACUCUUCACACGAGCGGCUAUGCACGCGAGUGUUGGGCAAGUUGAAAGGAGAGAGGAAGGAGCAGAGGACGCGAAGCUGAGACUCUUCUCGAGAUUGACUUCGAUUCUAUCUCGUGGCGGGCUGGAGGACUCGGUUCAUUAG